AUGACCUCUGAGAAAUUGAAGAUGGACCACAGGAAGAGGAACGCACCCACAGGACUGAAAAACCCACCACCUGCCCAGUCCCCAGACCCUGUCACACUGCUCCAGACCCCAGACCCUGACACACUGCUCCAGACCCCAGACCCCAGACCCUGUCACACUGCUCCAGUCCCCAGACCCCAGACCCUGUCACACUGCUCCAGUCCCCAGAACCUGUCACACUGCUCCAGACCCCAGACCCUGUCACACUGCUCCAGACCCCAGACCCCAGACCCUGUCACACUGCUCCAGACCCCAGACCCUGACACACUGCUCCAGUCCCCAGACCCUUCCCCAGACCCUGUCACACUGCUCCAGACCCCAGACCCUGUCACACUGCUCCAGUCCCCAGACCCUGUCACACUGCUCCAGUCCCCAGAACCUGUCACACUGCUCCAGACCCCAGACCCCAGAACCUGUCACACUACUCCAGUCCCCAGAACCUGUCACACUGCUCCAGACCCCAGACCCCAGAACCUGUCACACUGCUCCAGACCCCAGACCCCAGACCCUUCCCCAGUCCCCAGACCCUGUCACACUACUCCAGACCCCAGUCCCCAGACCCUGUCACACUGCUCCAGUCCCCAGACCCUGUCACACUGCUCCAGUCUCCAGACCCCAGACCCUGUCACACUGCUCCAGUCCCCAGACCCCAGACCCUGUCACACUGCUCCAGUCCCCAGACCCCAGACCCUGUCACACUGCUCCAGUCCCCAGAACCUGUCAUAUUGCUCCAGACCCCAGACCCCAGACCCUGUCACAAUGCUCCAGUCCCCAGACCCUGUCACACUGCUCCAGUCCCCAGACCCUGUUACACUGCUCCAGUCCCCAGACCCCAGACCCUGUCACACUGCUCCAGACCCCAGACCCCAGACCCUGUCACACUGCUCCAGUCCUGGAGGCGCCAUGUAUGGUGGAGUCCAGCCUGGCUCAGUCAGCAACAUCACUGGACCAUGA